UUUGGGAACUACAGCACCAUCACGGAAUUCUUCCUCCUUGGACUGUCUGGCAACCCCCACAUUGAGGUUCUGCUCUUUGUGCUUUUCCUGGGGAUUUACAUCCUGACCCUGAUGGGGAACCUGACAAUGCUGCUGCUGAUCAGGGUUGAUUUUCACCUCCAGACUCCCAUGUACUUCUUCCUGGGUCACCUCUCUUUCUUGGACCUUUGCUUCUCUUCAGUUACUGUACCCAAGAUGCUGGAGAACCUCCUGUCUCAGAGGAAAACCAUCUCAGUAGAGGGCUGCCUAGUUCAGGUCUUCUUUAUGUUUAUCACUGGAAUUACUGAAGCCUUUCUGCUCUCAGUGAUGGCCUAUGACCGCUAUGCUGCCAUCUGCCACCCACUGCUCUAUAGCCAGAUGAUAAGUAAACAGCGUUGUAUGCAGCUUGUUUGGGGCUCAUGGGGAAUGGGGUUUUUGGAUGCAUUCAUAAAUGUCCCUCUGGCAAUGAAAAUGGACUUCUGUGAUUCCCAUACCAUCCCACAUUACAACUGUGAGCUACCCUCUCUCUUCCCUCUGUCUUGCUCUGAUGUCUCUACCAACCUCAGUGUCAUGCUUUGCUUAAUCACCCCACAAGGGAUUGUAACUUCCCUCUCAAUCUUCUUCUCUUAUGCCUACAUUUUAUCCACCAUCCUGAGCAUUACCUCCACCUCCAGCAGAAGCAAAGUUUUUUCCACCUGCUUCUCCCACCUCACCACAGUGAUCUUGUUCUAUGGCUCUGGUCUUCUCCGCUAUCUCAUGCCACCCUCAGGAUCCUCCUUGGAGUUGAUCUUCUCUGUGCAGUACAGUGUGGUCACUCCUAUGCUGAAUCCUCUCAUCUAUAGCCUGAAGAACAAGGAGGUAAAGGCAGCUCUGAAAAGAACACUGGAAAAGUAUUUACAAUGUUUUUGGUGUCAGAAUAAAGAGAGAGGAUGA